AUGGAGCACACCAAUCAUCAAGGUGAUGAACUGGACACACGCGCGGUCCCAGGGACUGUUCACUUGGUAGAUCUCGAAGGUGUAAUGAAGGGGCAGCAUGCAUCUGCAUCCCGACUACAAGAUGUUGUCCUUGUUCCAUCGCCAUCCAGCGAUCCAGACGAUCCGCUAAAUUGGUCGCCGAAACGGAAGAUGCUAUCAACAGCAUGCAUGUCUAUGUAUACUUUGAUGGUUGGAAUAGCAUCUGCAGCAGUUUACAGUGUAUUGGAGCCCAUAAGUGAGGACACUGGCUUGACAGUCGAUCAGUUAAACGCCGGCACGGGCUAUAUGUUUUUGUUCUUCGGAUGGGGAACUUUAAUCGCCCAGCCCAUGGCGCUACAAUAUGGCAAAAGACCGGUGUAUCUGUUCUCUAUGCUAGCAACUCUGGGUACCAUGCUAUGGGUGCCGCAUGCUACAACAAACUCUGCCUGGAUUGGAUGUAAGAUUUUACAAGGUGCUGUCGGAGCCCCUAUCGAAUCACUUUGCGAAAUUUCGAUUACAGAUAUUUAUUUUGCCCACGAAAGAGGUUCCUAUAUGGGAUUAUAUGCUUUCAUGCUGGCUGGAAGUAACUUUCUAGCUCCAAUACUUGCUGGCUUUAUUAAUGACGGACAAGGAUGGAAAUGGGUGAUGUAUUGGUGUGCUAUCUUUCUAGCCAUUGGAUUUGUGUUUUGCUUCUUCCUUAUGGAGGAGACAAACUACGAUAGAGCACCUCAAAAAAAGACAACUUCCGGAGAUGACACACCUGGAAUGAUCACACCAACAGGAGGGGUGCUCCAAGAGAAGUCUUCCACUUCUUCAGAGCCACUUGAUCCCGAGAAAGGUACUUCUACCGACGUCUCAAGAGCAGCCAAUCAGAAUGCUGAGCUCGGAACUGUGCAUUACAAGCCGAAGACAUAUAUCCAAAAGUUGUCUUUAAAGGAUAAGAAAAGAGAUUUCAGGCUCUUCCGGAUGAUGAUUCGACCUCUUAUCUUUAUGUCUCUACCAUCGAUUGCCUACGCUGGAUUCUCGUAUGGCAGUAAUUUAAUCUGGUUUAACGUCCUCAAUGGGACUGCCUCCCUGAUUUUGAGUGCUCCGCCCUAUAACUUUUCAUCAUCCAUGGUCGGAUUAUCUUAUGUCUCUCCCUUACUUGGAGUAGCUUGUGCUUCCUUUUAUUCAGGAGUUAUAGGAGAUAGAGUCGUAUUAUGGCUCGCCCGUCGCAACAAGGGGGUUCUGGAAGCAGAGUACCGCCUUUGGCUGUUCUCAGCAUCAAUAAUUCUUAUACCUGCCUCUUUGAUUCUUUGGGGUGUCGGAGCAGCCCAUCAUAUACAUUGGUUUGGACUGAUAGUUGCCAUGUUCCUUAUUGCUGGCUCAAACGGUAUUGGUCUUCAGUUGUCUGUUUCGUACUGUAUCGAUUCUUAUAAAGAUUUGAGUGGUGAAGCUAUGGCUACUGUAAUUAUCAUACGAAAUACAAUGAGCUUUGCAAUGGGCUACGGUGUCACACCCUGGGUUACUAAUAUGGGUUAUCAAAAUGCUUUCAUUGUGGCUGCCUUUGCUGGUCUUGCUCAAGUUCUUACGUUCUUUGCGGUGGUGAAAUGGGGCAAGAGUUGGAGAAAUAAUACGAAGGGAAGAUACUACAAAUACGUGGAGGAAAAUGAGAUUUUAGGAGUCACGCACUAA